GUCUCAACAGUCUCAUCGCUAUAUAUCAUCAUAUUUUCGAGGCAUAGUAGUUGUUGUAUAUUCAACGCACCGCCACAUCGCCUCCUAUCUAGCACUACAUAUAAGCAAAGAGCUUCACCAUUCAUCUGAACUCUCACCGAUCGAUUCGAAUCGAUUAUCCUUCCCCUACACAAACAUACACCAUCAUGUCUCCUAUACCAGUAGACAACAACCUCGUCGCAGACACCGACCUUCCUUCGAAAGUCUACUCAGGGUACUGGACAAAAGCCAACAUCGCCCUCACCGUCGUCUUCGGCCUCAUCUUCCUCGCCAUCAUCCUCGCCUGCCUAAUAUUUUAUCUUCACCGCCGCAGCGAAAAGAAAAAGCUCGACAACCGCAAAUCAGACACAGCCGGACUCCUCGCCAACGAAGACAAAACAAGCAUGUUCAGCCGCGUCCGCGCAAGCAGCGUCACACUAUAUGUCGACUCGGAAGCGGACGCGCGCAACAAGAGAUCGAGCACGGAUACCAUGCAUCUCGUUCCGCUGCAGGUCACGCCUAGUGAGGAAGCUAGCGAUCCCAUCGGCGGCAAUACAGAGAGCUCGGGUACGGGUGUUAGUUCGAUGAGCCGCCAGAGCAACGGUACGCUUAGUACUAUGGUACUCAGUCCCAUAUCGCCGAGUGGUGACGAGGGUGACUUGAGUUUACGGCCGGCACCCACAGGGCGCGCACGCAGUACGAGUACGGCGAGUCAACGGGCACGGUACUACGAGUCGACGCCUACGAUUGCGAUGCCACAGAUUCCGAAGAUCAUUCACACGACGUCGGAGUAGAGAAUCAGCCUCUAUGGAUACACGUUGUUGGUAUUGAGGGGGAGGGCAGGUUACGAGUU